AUGCCCGUGCCUAGUGCUGAACCGCAGUUAGAGACUGAGAAGAAAAAGAGACCACUUGGCUUGAGCUACCUCAUCGACGAAAACCCGCCAUGGUAUAUGUGCUCUUUGCUGGGAUUUCAGGUAAAAAGGCACUCAAAGAUAACUUUGUGUGGUUAACGAUAAAAUUUACCUGAUCUUCCAUAGGUCUCUGUUAUAUUCUAAUGAUUUCCCCUGUCUCUCCCUUAUACUCUGUUGGCGACGACUGAUCCCCCUCCGUUCCCGCCCUGAAAACCAUGUGAUCUCCCAAAUUCCUUUUUCCCCCCCCCCCCCGGCGAUAAAAGAAUUACCGGUUUUAACAUUCAACCAUAUAGCGAUUUAGCACAUUAUCUCACGGUAAAUUACGUGAACGUCGACGACUGUUUGCAAACCAAAGGGGAAUACAAAGCCAGCUCUGUCCCCUCAAGGGGGGUGAGGAGAAGGUUGAAGAGAGGGUAUCUGCCAAGUUUUGAACGACCAUGUUCCGCUGGGGAUCCUCUAGAGUCCUAUUCUCCCUCGUGGUCGUUAUUUGGUCUCGAAACGCAACAGGCUGGUGACGUGUAUGUAUGGAACAGAACCCUACCCUACAAUAACCAUCGUCUUGUUAGUCCAAACCUCGUUCUUUCACUUGUUUUCUUGUUAUUUUAGCAUUUCCUGACCAUGCUGGGAUCGACUUUGGCCAUUCCUUUCAUCAUUAGUGGCCCAAUGUGUUUUGCAGAUAACCCACUUGCCAUUAGCGAAGUAUUGAGUACCAUUUAUUUCGUUUCUGGUUUUGUAACCUUGCUGCAAUCUACUAUCGGAGUGAGGUAAGCCAUUGUAUAGCAUAAGCAAAUUUCAAUCACAAUUGCGGGGAUAGGGAAAGAAGAGUUUAAAUGUUCACCUAUGAUACAGAAGGCUCUGUAGGCGUACAACACGAAAAACUAAAUCUAAGUGCCUGUGUCUAGUGGCUCUGUUACUUUUCUGCAUUAAUGGCUCCACCACUUUUUGCCUGGAAUAUACCGCCAACCAAAGUGCUAGAACAUAUAACAACUCACUGAAAUCAUCUGAUAUUGUUCCAGCCAUUAUUAAUUCCAAACUUCUUAAUCUUCCUAAGACUACCGAUCGUUCAAGGUGGAACAUUUGCCUUUAUCACCCCGACGUUCGCCAUCUUGUCUUUGCCGAAAUGGGCCUGCCCCACAGCUGAAGGUCAGUUUAGUUGCGUACUUUUGGAUGCUAACCGAGAAACUGGGUCGAGAGCUUCUAAACGAGGCCAAUUAAAAUCACCCUGAAAAAAUGGAUAUGGUCUGUUUUUUAAGACCCUGUUUAAGACGAACUGUUUUACAUGACAUCUUUUUUCACUGAAUUUAACUUCUACUACACCACGUCCUCGUUUCCUAGACCCAGUUUUCCUCGCUUCUGGGAUUUUCUGGCAAACUAGGAACUGCAAGAAACUAGAAAUACUAAAAUAACAACAGGUACUGAUUGCUGAUUUCAAAUACUAGGCAAUCAAAUCUAAUUUGACAUUUCAGAAUCUCAAGAAGGCAUUUAUUAAGAUCGCUUCUACCGUGCGCGGUAGUAAUAUGUUUGCUUUACUUUUAUUAGCCUUUUUUUAAAAUGUCUUUUAAUGGUUUUAGGAGUAUUUUAUUGCAAUUUUUUAAGUCCUAAUUUUUUUUUUCGAAAUCGCUUCUUCUUAGUCGAUUCCAAAAAUCGAAGAGAAAAUUCACUUGCAUGCCUAGUAAGUGCCUGAUUCAAUCUGAAGCGAGUGUUUCAAACUGCUCGCUUACGCAUUUGUUUUAAGGGCGCGAAUGGGUUACUCUGCUCUUUCCUUAAGUGAUCGUAAGGUGCAAGUAAUUUAGAUGUUGUCUCCCUGAUCGUCUACUCGAUAACAACGUACAACCACUAUUCUGCGUGAAUUCCUGAGAACGGGUUUCGUUGAGGCCCUAAGCAUUCCUAGUCGAGAUGAAACCUGAUGGUUUAUGUGUACUUUUUGAAGAUGAUAAAUCGCUCAGAGUUGCUAUGGGGACAUUUUCAUGAACAGUAUCUAUUUGAUCGAUCUUGUUUUGAUAUUGAGAUAGGUACAGUGCUUUUUCUGAGGAUUAUCUUUGAUCUACAAGUUUAAUCGUGUUUCUCUUCACAGGAAGCGGUAAUUCGACUGUCGACAGUGAGCUUUGGAAGCCCCGCAUGAGAGAGGUAACUGAUGAAAAGGGUUUCCAACAUUUACCACGCAGACUGCGAGCAAUCUAUCCUUUUCGACAAAGUCCGUCGGCGAAGUCCGAGCAAAAAAAAAAAUCAGUGAAAAAAAUUAAUGUUAGCGCGGCGUGCUAUCAUGGUUUUUUUUUUCACUGAUUCUUUUUGGCUCGCGCAACGGACUCCGCUGAAAAGGAUGGAUUGCUCUUAGUAUUUGACAUAUUGUUUUGGCUAUCAGUUGGUCAGUUGGUCGGUCAGUCGGUCUGUCGGUCAGUCUUUCGGUCUGCCAGUCAGUCAGUAGGACAGGCACUCAAUCACUCAGUCAGUUAACAACACUAGCAGGGUAUUAUCUGUACUGUGUUGUAUUUUAUUUCCUCCUUUGGCCCUUUGCUUUUGUCUCCUUCUCCCACAUUAGAUCCAAGGUGCAAUAAUGGUCUCAUCAUUAUUUCAAAUCUUUAUCGGCUUCACUGGCCUCGUUGGUUUUCUGCUUCGAUUCAUUGGACCGCUGACCAUAGCACCUACGGUUACGUUGGUGGGCGUGGCACUGUUUAGAGUAGCAGCAAACAACGCGGGUAAUAUGAAACACUGAAAUAACGAGAAAGUCGUAUGUUUCAAAAAUUUUUACCGAAUUUUGUAAAGGAUUGUGCAGGCGAGUGUUUAAGACUCUAGAUUUUGCAUUAUGGAAGUCUAAGGUGCUUCAUACAUGACCUACAAAAUAUUUUCAAGUAAUUUAGUAGUUUGAUUUAUUAGUAUUUUUGGGUUAUAACUUUUGGGAUAGAUUUUUCCCCGGUAAAUAGACUCGCUUUCUUGCACACAGGCCAUAAAAUGCCUUGUGCACUUGUUAAUAAGAGUGGCUUUCGUGUGAAUCAUAAGGCGUUGUUUGCAGAUUUAACUGAAUUAUGUGGCUAUAAAUUUAGCAGACCACGAUUCAUCGCUUUAUUUAUAGCGGUGAUGUUAACAUAGUUGUUACCUCUCUAUGUCUCUCUGCUUUCAAUCAGUUUAAUUCCUUCUUUAAAACUAAGAUGUUUUAACUUAGAAAGCGAAUCGAAUGAGAAAAGAAAAUGACAAUGUGUUUCCCUGAUUUCCUCCAACAGGGAAUCAUUGGGGAAUCUCCAUGGCGUACGUAUCUGCGGUCCGUUCAUUUAUUUCCUUCGUGCUCGCAAUCCCUCUGUUUCAGUCAGUCCGUUUUCACUUCAAUUGUGUUAAGAUGUUCUCUUCUUUUUCUGUUGUCUUAGGACUAUUGUGUUCAUAGCUGUGUUUUCACAAUACCUCACAAAUGUUAAGGUUCCAGUUCCCGCUUACAGGGGUGGUCUGAGGAUUGGCCAUUUCCCUUUGUUCCGCUUAUUUCCAGUAAGUACAGAAGAGGUUUAACAUUCCCACCUUUGAUAAUAGGAUUAUUAGCUUUAUUAUUCUUUUAUUAAUUUGUGUUUCAUUUAGUAAUUACGAUUACUGACAGCGGUAACUUCGUUAUUAGUACAAGCUUUCUUCAAGAGAUUAUAAUAUCUUGCUAACUUUCUUCACUGCGUAUCUUUCAGAUUAUUCUGGCGAUUGCAGUAUCUUGGGCUCUAUGCGCCAUCAUCACCGUGGCCGGAGGGUUCCCUUCUGAUCCUAUGAAUCCUCAGUACAAGGCAAGAACGGAUGCAAGAAUUACUGUGUUAAAGGAAGCAGAGUGGCUCAGAUUUCCUUACCCAGGUGGGAAAAAUUUCCAUACACGUUUAUGCACAAGGAUAAUGAGAUCGAGUCACCACCGGGAUCGAAAGCUGGCCAAGUUAUUGCAUCUUGCUCACGCUUUACUCUUUAAGUGCCUUUCUCUAUCAAGGAGUAUAAAUGGUGCUUACGCUGGACCAGCACCAGUCCAAAGGGAGUGGCAACACUCCUGGUCCCUUAUGCUACAGAAACUGGGAUAAGAUUCAGCUGGAGGGUUAGUCUGCUCGAAAUCAGACUUUACCCACCUCUUUUUAUGCGCAUAGAUCUACGUAGAAGUAGCUUCUUAACUACUGGACCCCCCAAAAUAUGACUUUCUUAAAAAGGGGUAAAAAAUAAGAAAUGAAUUGCUUUCGUCAAAUAGCUGCCCAUUCUUCCGUUAGACAAUUGUUGGUAUAGUUUGGUGGGUAUCCAUUAGUAUGGUGACGCGAUUCGGCUUCAAAAGCGCAGUGCCUCAGAAAAAAAGUUACCAUUUUUCCACGUGAGAAAAAUAACCUGUAAUAAAAGUCCUUCGUCAUUCACUCUGACGAAGGGCUAACGCUCGAAACGUCAUCUUUGAAACUCUUUACAUUGGAUAAUUUAUGUUAUCAACUCAGUUGACAAUACCGAAUUUCCGGAUCAAUAUCAGUAUCUGGGCAACUGCCUACCUACCCCUCCCCUAACUCAACAACAGUCAAUUGACAACAAGUUGAGAUUAAUGUUUGGUUAGGGGAGGGGUAGGUGGGCAGUUGCCCAGAUACUGAUAUUGAUCCAAAUUUCCUUGUUAUGCUCUCUUUCCAACACAGCACCACAGUUUCUUGAGAAACUUAUCCCCUUUAUUGAUUCAUAUGAGCCUAUUUUCUAACGGCCUUUUUCUUGUGUUUGUUGUUUGUUUGUUUGUUUUUAUAAUACUCUUAACCAAAUGUAACAACACCACAACAAAGAUUUUAUUAGUGCCUUGAUUGGGUCAUAAUCACCCGGAACCGCAGGUUGCAGCGCUAAUCGAGGCAGGCUGGGAGCGUAAUUUUUUCAUUUGAAUAUUUUCAACCAGUUAUAUUGUAUCUAAAAUCUUCAUGAAUGUUCACCGCUCUUUAGGUCAGUGGGGAAUGCCUACUGUCAGUCUCGCAGGGGUUUUUGGGAUACUUGCUGGAGUUUUGGCCUCCAUUAUUGAGUCCGUGGGUGAUUACUACGCAUGUGCGAGAUUGGCAGGAGCACCACCACCGCCAGAACACGCCAUCAACCGUGGAAUCGGAAUAGAAGGACUUGGAUGUCUUUUGGCUGGAGCUUUUGGUACCGGGAAUGGAACAACAUCAUACAGUGAAAACAUCGGGGCUAUAGGAAUCACUAAGGUAUCAAAGGCAACAGUUCGUCUUGCUCUUGUGCCACCCAACACGAUGGAGUGUAAAUGUGUUUUUAGGUUAUGACUGAGAGACAAGCGACCAAGAAUCCUCUCUUCUAAGAGACAAAAAGUUAAUCAAAUAAAGUGUGACUAGUGAUGCUAAUGCAUUUAUGUAGCGCGUCCUCAAUAGGUAUAUACUCUAACGCGCUUUACAACACCUUGCGGGGGACUUGGGCCAGACUGCAUUGAGCAUUUUACGAUUUUUAUAAGUAAAUUGGGAAUUUUUGAAACAAUGUUAGGCCACAACACUGAAAGCUACGUUACCUCCUGCGUGGGUUCUUAAACGUCCCCUGUUAUCCAAAGAGGAAACGGGAGACGAGGCCUGCGGUUUAUCGUCCUUUUUUUGGGAAGACUAGUCGUUAUAACUGUUUGCAGACGUCGUAGCAAGGGCAGCGCAUUCUCCUAGUUAUUUUAAGACCCUGAGUGUCGGUCCGGUCAGCGAGGGCUUGAAGUCUCGACCUACUGCACUGCAAUCCGACGUUCUAUAACCUGAGCUAACAAGGUGGCGGUAACCUCAAAUCGGUUGAUGAUAAAAUGCAGCUCUUGGGACUCUCUUAACACGAGGCUGGAAAUAAUUUGGAAAUAGUCUCCCACAUGUACCCUUGACUUGUUUUCACGACACACUUAGUUUGCCAAUAGUCUAUUCCCAAGCUUAAGUUUUCAAAAACGUAAUACUUAUUUCACCUAACUUUCCAAGGUUGGAAGUCGCCGAGUGAUUCAAUAUGGUGCGAUAAUUGUCAUGAUCAUUGGCGUUGUUGGUAAAGUUGGAGCUUUGUUCGUCAGCAUCCCAGACCCCAUCGUUGGUGGAGUUUUUAUGGUCAUGUUUGGAAUGAUCGCUGCCGUUGGAAUCUCCAAUCUGCAGUUUGCUGACAUGAAUUCCUCCAGGAACCUGUUCAUCGUCGGAUUUUCCAUCGUAUUUGGUUUAGCUCUGCCUCACUAUAUGGAAAACCAUCCCAACGCUAUCGACACAGGUAUUCGUCAUUAUAAAAGUUUUUUCUUUUCCUGCUUCAGAACUCAGAUUGUUGUACUUGGUUUGGAUUGCAUCUUUUUACAUGCGCACAUCAAGGCUUUAAGCAUUCCACCAAACACUACAAAAAGCUGUUUCGUUAGCGUUUCAGAAAGUUAUGUUUUUAAAACUUUUUCCGUUCGCUCAAAGCAAGUGCGUUUCAUUCCAAAGACAUUGAAUUCCGAUUUAUCAAAUAUUACCCAAACCUGCACAUUUUAAGUGUAAUUGACCUAUAGCUGACUCAGUAACAUCUCAAAAUUUACCUUGAAUACUGCUGUUAGAGAAAUCAAAUCAGUAAAAGUCUAACCUCUAUCUGUAACUGAGUUGUUUUACAAAGUGUGCAUGUUGACUUCCUCUCAGGUGUUACCGAAAUUGACCAGAUCCUGACAGUCCUGAUGAAAACAAGCAUGGCAGUAGGAUGUAUUGCUGCUUUGAUUUUAGACAACACCAUCCCUGGAACUUUAGAGGAACGCGGGCUCAAGUCUUGGAGGUGUGAUCUUUCAGCUGAAAACGAGGGAAACUCUCAAACAGCCUCAAUAAGAGUCUAUGAUCUGCCGUUUUGUCUAAAACGUCUUGGUGACUGCAAAGCGGCAAAAUAUAUACCUUUUUUACCGUACAACCACAGUGAACCAAACAACGUAUAUGAUAUGGAGUUAGAAUAUUCUACUUCAAAUCUUUAGAGGGAAGAGUGUAGUUAAAGUAUGGCUUAGUAUGUCAUGAAAUAACCGUUAGGUAUGCUCUAAUGCUUUAAAUUAUAGAAGUGCCACUUCUGCACUUUUUGACACAUAUAAUACUGCACCAAACAUUAAGAAAAGAUUCCGAAGAAAUAAUAAUUCAGCCUCUAUAAUCAGGUUUUACUAUAGAAUCAAAUUCAUGACUGCUAGGUAAAAUCUAGUUCAAGUGAAAAUAAGUUUUACUUUUAGCUUGAUUUUAGCAGGUUGCUAUACGAGAUCGACUCUCAUGUACAUACCAGCACAUAUUGACGUCACUUUCCAGUGAAAAUAAAG